AUGUCAGAAGGGGAGAGCAAGGACAGUUCGGGCAGCGAGUGCCCUGUGUGCUACGAGAAGUUCCGGGAUCUGGAGGGCGCCAGCCGGACCCUGAGCUGCGGCCAUGUGUUCUGCCACGACUGCUUGGUCAAGUACCUGCUCUCCACCCGGGUGGAUGGACAGGUGCAGAGGACUAUUGUCUGCCCCAUCUGCCGCUACGUCACCUUCCUCAGCAAGAAGAGCUCCCGCUGGCCCUCCAUGCUGGACAAGAGCUCACAGACCCUGACCGUGCCCGUGGGCCUGCCCUCCAUGCCCUCACCGGACCGUGGGGGCCACACAAACCCCCUGGCUGUCUCCCAGCAGGUCUGGAGACAAUCGCCAAGCCAGGGGACUCAGCUCCCCCUGGACCUGCUGCCCACCCUGCCCCGAGAGUCACAGAUCUUCAUCAUCAGCCGCCAUGGGAUGCCACUGGGGGAACAGGACAGUGUGCUGCCCCGACGCAGCCUGGCGGAGAUCUCCGAGGCGUCCCCAGCUCCCAGCGCCACCCGCUCCUUCUGCUGCAGGUCUCGGGCCCUUCUGCUCAUCACCCUCAUCGCCGUGGUGGCCGUGGUAGCUGCCAUCCUGCCCUGGGUGCUGCUGGUGAGGAAGCAGGCUUGA